ACAUCAUGAGCAAAGCUCACCCUCCCAAGUUGAAGAAAUUUAUGGACAAGAAGUUAUCAUUGAAAUUAAAUGGUGGCAGACUUGUCCAAGGAAUAUUAAGGGCAUUUGAUCUCUUUAUGAAUCUUGUGAUAGAUGAAUGUGUGGAGAUAGCAACUAGUGGGCAACAGAACAAUACUGGAAUGGUGGUAAUACGAGGAAAUAGUACCAUCAUGUUAGAAGCCUUGGAACGAAUUAUGAACAACAGUUGUCUUCAACAGAGAAAUCAACUGCUUCCACAUGUCCCCUCUCCACAUUUUACUACGAUGAAAACUGGGUCGUGUACAUUUUCUUACUGA